AUGUCUGAACCUCGACAUUUUCACAAUGACUUGCAACCCCUGUCUCUUGAUGACGCAAGCCUCACUAACGUUCUAGCCAGUCUUCAGGCAGCUAUUGGAAAGUCGGUGCAGCUUCUGCUGCAAUAUGUACGAACAAACACGGAUCAACCUUCUUCGCGCGAUUCGCUAUAUACUGGUGAUCCUGGUAUUGCACUAAUGUACUUGCGCCUUGCAGUUCAAUCCAAUGCUGCUGGGCUAGGAGACAGCUUAGCGAAGGAUGUUCUAGUGCAAUGUCCUGCCAUUAUAAAUGCACUACUUCCAAGGAUCAAAGCUUUCAAAGUCAGACCUGGGCAUUUAUCACCUUUGGACUCGCCAGUUGGCUCUGCACUUGUCUACAUCCUGGCGUCUCUUCACUUCCCAGCAGCAAGCCUUGAGGAGGAAGUUUCCGCUUUGUCUCGAAAGCACGGAGAUGGAAGUUGGACUGCUGCUAUACAGACAUUGCAGAAUGCGGUGACUUGUGCGGUUGAGGGUCGUACUCUUGGAGGGGAUGAAGUUCUGUACGGCCGGGCGGGUUUGCUUUGGGGUAUGUUGAACCUGCUUCCUUGGAUGGAUGCGGAUAUACCAGCGCAAAAACGGGAGAACAUUGCGGGUAUUGUUAAUACGCAAUCCGUUGAGAGUGUCAUAAAGAGAAUAAUGGAAGCUGGUGAAUUAGGGGCGGAAGCGUACAAACGAUAUUAUGGGGAGACGUCCUUACCUCUUUUAUGGUCAUGGCAUGACAAGUUCUACCUUGGAGCGAUUCACGGAGUCGCUGGCAUCUUGACUGUCAUACUUCAAGCUCCACGAGAGUCAAUAACUCCUUAUACGCAGACCAUUUCCCAAUGUAUAUCAGCUCUCUGCACUAUCACACGUCGGAAUGAUGGACAUCUCCCAUCAUCACUUCCCGAGAAACAGCGUACAUACAAUUAUGUUCAGAUAUGCCAUGGCUCCCCAGGACUCCUCAUACUUCUUGCCCUGUUUCGUGCCCGCUUCCCGAAUGAAUGGAAAACGGAAUGGGAUGCCGUGGAGACUUUGGUCGCAGAAAAGGUAUGGAAAGAGGGCUUGGUACGGAAGGGUAUUGGAAUUUGUCAUGGGAUAACAGGAAAUGCUUGGCCGCUGCUACUUUCGGCUCGUUCUCAUAAAGGGACGGCUGAGGGUGAUACCGCCCUUUCCUACUCGCUUGCCUUUUUUCUCAAAGCAAUGGAGCUCCCACCACUUGAUUCUGGGAAAACUUCACCCUUCCGUACUCCCGACCAUCCUCUGUCGCUGUUUGAGGGUCUUGGCGGAGCAGUGUGCGCCUGGAUUGAUGCCUGUGUGAUCAUCCGUGAGCGUCUCGGCGUAGUAGAGGGCAAGAAGGAGAAACUGUACCUCGGAUUCCCCGGAAUAGGUGGUGCCAGGGUGCAUGGAUAUUUGUAGGUGCCAUUUACUUAAUUUGCCUGAUUGAAAUCCAAUCCACGGUGGAAAAAAAUCUUGUGUAAAUUAUGUACAUUGUAUCCCCAUAUUCUUGAUGAAUAUGAUUAUGUUAGUUAGCGGGGUCUGGCCAAAGUAAUGCUAGUGAUCCCUAUUCACUCG